GUUUACAUAACAGACUGGAAGAUACCAUCACGGUUUUUGAUGCAAGGCGAGGGGAGCGUGGAAGGACCGGAGAAAGCUGAGAGGAGGGGCCGUUCCACGCCUCCUUUCUGGGUAGGCGCUAGUUGGUCUCUCCUCAUCCCCCCUCGGGCAGUCGUGUCUGUCGCUCUUGGCUUGAGCGCUGUGAGGGGAAGCAAAGGGUCCGCGUCGGCGGGCGCACCAAGCAAAGGCAGCCCGUAAUUUCGCCCGACCGACCGCCGGCUCGCUCCGCCACUAUGAAGGAAAGGUCUCCAGCCAAACGUCCUGUUUGAUGACUAUUAUUAUUGCUAUUCUUUUGGUGAAUGCCAUUUUUGCCCCGCAUGGGAUUAUAGCGAGGACGACGACGACAACCGUGGCGGUGGCCCCAUGUUUUCUCCUAGCCAGGAGGAGCACUGCGCGCCCAACAAGGAGCCCGUCAAAUAUGGAGAGCUCGUGGUUCUGGGGUACAAUGGCUGCCUCCCUAAUGGUGACCGGGGUCGUAGGAAAAGCAGAUUUGCCCUUUAUAAAAGACCUAAAGCAAAUGGCGUCAAACCUAGCACUGUUCAUGUGAUUUCAACACCUCAAGCAUCUAAGGCCAUCAGUUGUAAGGGCCAACACAGUAUCUCCUACACCUUGUCACGAAAUCAGACCGUUGUAGUUGAAUAUACACAUGAUAAAGAUACUGAUAUGUUUCAGGUUGGCAGAUCAACAGAGAGCCCCAUAGAUUUUGUUGUAACAGAUACAAUUUCAGGCAGCCAAAACAGUGAUGAAACUCAGAUCACCCAAAGUACUAUUUCCAGGUUUGCAUGCCGCAUUGUCUGUGACCGGAAUGCACCAUACACAGCCAGAAUUUUUGCUGCAGGAUUUGACUCUUCCAAAAACAUAUUCCUUGGGGAAAAAGCAGCAAAAUGGAAGAAUCCAGAUGGGCACAUGGAUGGAUUAACAACUAAUGGCGUUCUAGUCAUGCAUCCUAAAGGGGGGUUCACUGAAGAAUCUAAACCUGGUGUUUGGCGAGAAAUUUCAGUCUGCGGUGAUGUAUAUACUCUACGGGAAACAAGAUCUGCUCAACAAAGAGGCAAGCUAGUGGAAAAUGAAACCAACAUCCUACAAGAUGGUUCUCUCAUUGAUCUAUGUGGGGCCACUCUCUUGUGGAGAACAGCAGAUGGCUUAUUUCACACACCAACUCAGAAACACAUUGAGGCUCUACGACAAGAAAUCAAUGCUGCAAGGCCCCAGUGCCCUGUGGGACUGAAUACACUGGCUUUUCCUAGCAUUAACCGUAAAGAAGUGGUAGAAGAAAAACAACCGUGGGCUUACCUCAGCUGUGGCCAUGUCCAUGGUUAUCAUAACUGGGGACACCGCAGUGAUACAGAAGCCAAUGAGCGUGAAUGCCCUAUGUGCAGAACUGUUGGUCCCUAUGUUCCUCUUUGGCUUGGGUGUGAGGCAGGCUUUUAUGUUGAUGCUGGUCCACCAACGUAUGCUUUCACCCCUUGCGGGCAUGUAUGCUCAGAAAAAUCUGCCAAAUAUUGGUCUCAGAUCCCAUUGCCACAUGGUACUCACGCAUUCCAUGCUGCCUGCCCUUUUUGUGCUACCCAGCUAUCUGGAGACCAGAACUGCAUCAAACUUAUUUUUCAGGGUCCAAUUGACUGAUGAUGCCAUUUUACAGAUGACCAUUAUACAGCUCACUUUGUUAACAAUUUACUGUGAAGAUAAAGAAUUGCCACUAACUCUAGAUUUUACCUUUUUUAAAAAUGUUAUUAAUGAGGGCUUUGAAGUGGGAUUAGCAGCUGGGGAAUUGAAGUUAUUUUGAUAUCUGGAACCAAACAGUUAUCAGUGGCAUUGCAUGCUAAACAGCAGCAUGCUCAUGAUGACAUCUUUUUUUGGUUAAGCUGUAGUAUAUUUGUAAGAUUUGUAAGAUUAGAAGAAAAAUACCAGUGUCUUAAUGAUUUUUUUAAUAUUGGAUUUUUUAACAGAAAUGUUUUCUUCUACACUUUGAAUGACAAGCCUUUAAACACAUAUUUUUUCAAUCUAAAAGAAGCAUAGAGAAUGUAAUUUGUCCUCUCUUUUUAAUUUGCAAUAUAGUUAACUUGAAUAAUUCAUUCUCAAAGAGGAUGUAUCAAAUGUUUGAGUAAAACUAGGUGAAUAUUCACUUAAUACAUUGAACAUAGAGUGAACAUAAAAGGUUGGCUUAUCAACAUAGCACAAAAUAUUAUGAAAUUCUGCAGUGUUGUUUAAUAUAGCUGUCCAAGAGACAUAGUUACUUGAAAGUUGGGGAUCUCUGGCUGUGGGUGACUUUCUGUGUUAUUUUUCUUUUCUUAAUAUAAAAGUUCCUGUGUUAAACAAUGCUAACACAAUGUUCCUAUGUUAAACUAAUAGGGGAAGUUUGAGGAACAGGUUAUUUGAUCCAACCUAAGUUUAAGACAGUGUGUGCAAAUGAGCAUUUCUUUUUGUGCUUAUGCCUCUUCUGAGCCAACUCUAUUAUCUAGCAGGGACUGUACCAUCAUUCUCCCCCUAUAUUUUAUUAAAUUAACACAGCAUAGAAUGGUCCUGUAAGGAUUAGCAUUAGGCCAAUUAUCAGAGUAGCACAUGAACUGUUUUUCCAUAGUAUCCUUGGCUCUACCAUGUGCUAAUAAUCUUUCAUGCAUGUUCUUCCUUGCUCGGUUGGUCCUGCUUAGGUCUAAUUCUUUUAGGGUGUUCUUGCAGCACCAUGGCCUGAAGCAAAGUGGUUUUCUCACCAAUGUAGUGAUGCUAAAUAUAUAUCAUUUAAAUUCAGUGGUUGUAAGUCACAAUGUAUGACAAGUCUUUUUCAAUUCUGCAUCUGGUGUCAUUUGUAAUUUUCAUGCAUAUCUACCUAUUUAUACCAUUUUAACAGUUUUAUCUCUUUCUAAUUCUGCCUUUGGCUUUACUUGUAUUAAUUUGCCCUUGCAUGUCUGGGACCUGUGAGCAAAUGAAAAUGUAGCAACUUGUUAUUAAUCUGUUUUUUUCAGUAGUUUCACUUUCUACACUAGCUGGAGGUUUUGCAUUAUUUUUUGUGGAACAUAACACAUUUCCUUGAUCUUAUAAUCAGUUUAAUGCCCUCUUCAGUCUUAACCAACUGCAGAAAAUUCUGCAUAAUUCACAUGUUUAAAUUCUUGGUAAUCAUUUUGAAAUAAUUUAAAAUAGGUGCUUUUGUAGCACUUGCUUCUUUGAUUUUUCCCUUAAUGUGCAAAUCUUGUCUAAUAAUACUGUUGACUUGUUAAUUUUUGAUUAGUUUUUUUUAUUUUCUUCCUUCUAGCAUUAAUUUAAUUUAGACGUCACAUCUGAAAAAAAAGCCCUUUUAAAUGUUUAGGUUCAAGUCAUAUCUUAAGUAACUUGGAAUUCUUGAUUUAGCAUGGGAGAAAUGGUGGAUAGGAAAUAGGACAAAUUACUGCCAAUUUUGACAAUUAUUUUACAUGUACUUUAUUGUUGUUUUGUGAUAGAAAUUCCAUUUUUGUUUUGUUUUAUACUCAUGCUAUCAAAUUUAUUCAAUUUUUCAUAUUGCCUUGAAAAAUUAGUCCUUACCAGAGCAAAAUUAAUUGCAUAUCUUGAAGUAAAUCUUGCAGUUUGGAUCACCUGUUAAAAUGCAGAACAGUCCAUUGGUUUACUUUGUCCUUUGUUUAAAUAUAUAGGUUAUAUGAUUUUAAUAUAUUAACAUACAUGCAUAUACACACAUACACUUGAAUUGGCUUGUUCAUAGUUAAAACGUAUUACUUUAUAGUAAGUUAACCAUUUAAACACUUCACAUGUCCAUGCCCAUUGGCAUGUUUGUUUUUAUUUGCUGAUGUUUAAUACAGUUUUCCUGUAUAAAAAGUUUUUUUUAAUUUGAAACAUUUGUCUGAAAGAAUUUUACUUACUUGACAGUAUUUUGCAUCAAAUACCAUACUCUGUAGCUUAUCUAGCCCAUGUGAUAGUUUGGGAAAGCCAGUUUUUUUCAAAAUAUUUCGUCUUAGUGCCUUCUAAAUGAGAUAGCACCUUGCUCUGAUUUCAUGAUAAAACAUAUAACUCAAAUCUUGAUUAGCGGUUAUCUUUUAAUACAGAUACUUUUAGUCCUUUUAAUGACUUCCUGUUAAUUGGUGAAAUGCUAUAAAAUCAAAGUUAAAAAAAUGAUUCUCCUUGUUACUUUAAAAGGCGAAAAAAGAAACAUGGCGGCCACAUUUGACCGUUUCAUAUACAAGGUUAUAUAGAGAUCCUAUACUAUACUAAUUAUUCCAGCAAUGAAAGUUGCUCCAGAAUUUUUUUUUUCUUUUUAUGGGUCAUAUGAAUCCACUCAUUCUAAAGUUCUGAAUCUUUUUGUAAGCUGAGCAGCAUGUAUAGAAACAGUCCCAUAUUUCCUCAUACUGGAAGGAAUUCUGAAUCCCAUUUUUCCCUAUACUUUACAGAAUUUGAUUUGACUCCUCUUUCUGUUUCAGAGGGCUUCUAUUGGCUAUAUGAAAAAUUCCCUAUACAAUUUGCCAGUAUAAUUCAUUAAAGGAGCAUUCUCAGUCUCUUCCUCUUUUAAGUUUUUGGAAUUUUUAAAAUUAUUUUGGAUAUUUUUCUGAAUUCUGUCAGCAAUAAUAUUUUAUCUACAAGUUAAAAUUUCUGAAGCAGUCUCUUUGUCAAUGUUGUCUGAAUAGAAUUUAAAACUCUUGUUGUACAAACUUACUUCAAAGUGUGCUUUGUGUCUUAUUUUAAAUUUUGUUUAUUGGCUCACAUAUUAUACAACUCUGUCAUUCCUCAUAUAGGAAAACAUUUUUUUGCUUAUAAUAAGCCUGUAAUCUACAUGUUCAUGUUUUUCCUCUGAAAUGUAAUUCUUGUUUAGUAAUCCUUUAAUUCUUUCCAAUCUAAACCAUCCAAUGAUAGUUCUUCAGUGCCUCAGGCUUGCCAGUCAUGGAUAGAAAAUAUUUAUUUUGGAUUCCAGGUUGAAGUGGUGAAAGGGAGCAUUGAAAAUUAUGUGCAUUUGUAAGAACAAGCCAACUCUAGUGCAACGCAAGCCACUAAGUGGCUUUUUUGCUUGUUUUAAAUGACUCUCUCAUUUCAUGUUGAACUUUUCCCCAAAGAGCUAUGAAUUUGUUAGUGUACUCUUUAAAUCAGUCAUUUUCAGUCUAUAUUUUACUUAAAUAGACAUAUUUGUGUGAGAUGCUUCACCUAACUCUAUGGGUAUAUAGGGCUCACCUGAAAGUAGUAACACAGAUUAAAUUGCACAAAUCUAAACUAAAAUGUGGUUAAGUACUUUAGAAUUUCAUGUGUCAUGCAAACUCAAACAAUAUUACUCCUCAACAUUUUCUGUGCACCUUUUUGAAUGUUUACAGUGGUGCUUGCAGUCAUCAACCUUUUUCUGUAAUUUCUUAAUGUUAGAUUGAGAAAUUUUAACUCAUUCCUUGGUCAUGGAGUAGUUUAGAAAUAUUUUGGUACUUUAAGAAGAUAAACACAAGUCUGAUCUUUGUUUCAAAAUAUGUUUGGGGAAGUUGAUAUGCUUUUGUUUUAAUACUUGCAUGAUGUCAACAUCUCACCCCACUCUGUUGCACAUAGAUUCAAAGUAUAUACAGGAAUUGGUUGAGAUAUCUUAAAUUCAUCUAUGCGAAGCUUUCCAAUGUGUUUUCUCUAAAUUAAAACUUACAAAUUUAUAUGUUUUGAAAUAAAUUGGAGCUUUUAUCCUAAAACAGUUUAUUAAAUCUGAUGCUUCUAGGUGGGUUGGGGCUUUAACCCCUAGAUUCUCAAUCCUUGAGGUUACAAAGAUUUUGGGAAAUUGUAGUUCUGAUACUUCUAAAGAAUGCCAAGUUGAGAAAAAAUGCCCUAUAAAAUGAAUUCGAAAUUCUUGAAGCAUGUGCAAACUUUCUCUUCCCUGCUUCUUCCAAUAGCCAAGUACUACCUUGAAAAAUAUUUAUUCAAAAGUCAAUGCAAAUCAUGCUAACCUGUGUUGGGAGAUCCACUAAUGUCUAUAUAAAAUAUUAACUCAGAAUCUUCUCAGUCUCUGGAUAAUUUCUCCUCUUAGUUCAGUGAGAAAAUAUUUCUGUGUAUUUGUAUUAGCUUCUCUGCUCUAGAACUCAAUUUAUUUCAUUGCUGGUGUACUUUGUUAUUUAUAAACAGCGGGCUUUCUGAAGUCUUAGUUGUCCCUGCAAUUUGAAUUUCAGGAAAAAGUAUGAUAGAUUUUUAUGAAAUUUCAUGAGGCUUUUAAGAAUCCCUAUCCGUCAAGCAAAUUGCAAAUACAAAAAUACAUUUGAACAGGUUGACCUGUGCAAAUAAGUCAAGAUAUAUGUUUUUGCCCUCCCUUUUGUUAAGUAAAUAAGAACAUUUUAUUAUAUUCAUAUAUAGUUAUCAGUACCAUGGGUCAUUAAAUAGUGCCAGUUUAGAAAUUGCAAAACCUCAGAUUUUUUUUAUACCAUUGAAAGGAUUCAUUAUUCCAUAACAGCAAUAAUUGUUUGUCAGCUGAUGGAUUUGCCUACGCGAUUUGCACUAAAAGCAAUGCGAUUAUCCAUUUUUACUGCACUAAUUCAUUACUGUCUCAAUGACUUCAGAUAUUUGAGCUGUGUGUCCAUUUUCUUGUUUAUGCUUAUAUCUUAUAGUUUCCAGGCAAUAGCACAGGAACAGUUAAUAAUUUCUAUAAAGAUAUUAUGAAUGUUAAGCCAUUCAGUUCCCUGUGAUGGAUUUAAGAAGGCAGACUGUCGCAUGGAGAUUGCUUCAAGCAAAUUCAGAUGAUUCCCUCCAGUACAUGUGCGUUUACAGAUCUGAAUCUGAUUGGAGAAAUUGAUAGUUAGUUGUUCAUCUUACUUGGCAUUCAUUUCAAAAAUUAUUUAAAAAAUGACAGGUUAAUUCUAUAAUCAAAUAUCUCUGAAACAUUGAAAUAGGAUAGUAAAUUUCUUUCAUUAAAAAAGAUCUUAAAUAGUCCUAAAUUGUUCUUAAGGUGAUAUUUUUAAUUAGUUAGAAAGCUGUUCUUUAAUAAAACAACCUAGGUUGCUAAGGUAUCUUAUACAAAAAAAAAUAAAUCUUUGCUUCACUGAGGGCAUGUUUUAGUUUUAGUGAGUACAUCUAGCAAGCACAUACACAGGAACUAGAGGACAUAAAAGGAGGCGGUGCUUGAUAUGUAGGACAUGUGGGACAUCUGUGAUUUAAGUAGUGUUAUUGGCAUUAUGUUAUUUUAAUAACAAUCGGGAUAUGGCUGGUAAGUGAUCAGAAUGAAUUCUUGCCCUGACUCAAAGUGAAAAUAUGACUGAUGAAAGAUUGUAUCAACAGCUGGGAUAAUUAUCAAGAAGUUGUUCAGAAGAAAAAGAAAUAUUUUUCACUGGUUCCCUUCCAUGUGAAUAUCAGUAGUCAGUAAUACUUCUUUUAAAUGAACAGUCUUGUUUACAGUAAUUUUGACAUUUCUGGAUGUCUUUUUCAAACUCCCGGUGUUAAAAAUAUUUUGAAUAGGAGUGUCAUAGAUUGAAUCUGGGUCUGUAUUCUUACAAAAUGGUGACUAAAAAAUAGUUUCAAGAACCUGAAAAUGGGCAAGUAACAGAUGAUACCAAAAUCAGAUCAAACCUCAGAUAAGUGUGAAAUAGAAAAUAUGUUGUUUGAAAGUUUUCAUUGUUGUGGAUUUUGGAUGAAACAACACUAGAAGGAACCGAUAAAGAUCCAGGAAUGAUGUUAUGAGGUGAUUAGGAUAAGGCCCUCUUCUAAUGGCUCUGGGUGUCAUACUCCCAACAGCCUGCCUGCCUCCAAUUUCCCUCUUACUCUUCCACAAACUACUGUGUAGAACAACAUUGUUUUGUACUAUAUACAGUCCAAGAUUACCAAGCAUGCAUGGUUCACUUUGAAUACUGGCUACCCAACACAGUUCCAUGCAUGGAACAGUUUGCACAUGCCUAGAGAAAAUUCAUUCUAUGCAGGCAACCAUUAUAGUAACCUUAGAGUCUUAAAUGAUUCUAAGUCCUAUAUCUUUAAAUGAUUUAGAAUAGGCAAAAUGUAUAUUGUUGGUUUAUUCCAUAAAAUUAAAAUAAAAAACAAAUUUAUGGUAGACAUAUUAGGUACCUGUAUAGUGAUACUUUAGAUUUGGAGACCCUUUUAUACGUUAUUUCAAUAUGUUGAAUUUAUCUAAUUACAAGUUUCCUGAUAACCCUCUUCACCUAGAAAUAACUACUGAAAGCCACCAGUCUAUAUUGAUUGGUUUGGGUGUUAGCCAGACUUGGGGCAUUCUAUCCCAUGAAAACAGUGUUCCCUGGAAUCUUGAUAGGAAUCUGGGCCUCUCUUAAAUGGUAUCAUCAGCUCACUAUUAUCUGUUACUAUAUAAUGCUUUAAUCAGUCCACAUCUGUAGUGGAGAGGGAUAAUGCAAGUUGGAGCUCAGCCACAUUUUCCACUCCUGCCCUAAAAUAUAAUCAAGAUUGCCAACUUAGAAGUUGGAGGAGGGAUAUCAGUAAUGAUGAACAAGCACUCAUUUGGCAUCUUACUAAAAAAAAACACCACCUCUUAGUAAUACAUGUAGGGGAGUCUCUUAGCUUUAUAGGAACAGCAUAUUGAAACUAUUGUUUAGCUUUGAUCAGGCUUGGUAAAACAAAUAUGCAAGAAACUCAUCCUGGUAAAAUAAGUUAUUCAAAUAAUUAUCCAAUUUAUUUUUUUAAUGUAAUAUAUUUCCUAUGUUAGGUAAUACAUUGCUUAGUAAGACUAAAUUGUAAGGAGCAUAGAUGGAACUCAUUAAUCAAAACCAUUCCUAGAGAUCUUAUUUUGGACAAAUCCACUUGAAAGAUGGAAAAGGAAAUAGUGACUUCAGAGUGUUAUCAGCUGUUAAUGUUCUGAAUUAUAUUUGUGAAAUUGGCCUUUUGUACAACAGUGUGAAUGAAUAUUAACAUAAUUUAACUAUUGUAUGUUUUGGAAGUACAAGCCAUUUUACAGGAGGGGAGGAAAUAAAAUAGUAUUCCAGUAUUA